GAUGUACAGCUUCAUGGGUGGAGGCUUGCUCUGUGCCUCUGUGGGGAACGUCCUCCUGGUGGUGUCUACAGUGACCGACUAUUGGAUGCAGUACCGGUUUGCUGGCACCUUUGCUCACCAGGGGCUCUGGAGGUACUGCUUUCCUGGUAAAUGCUACAUGCAGAUGGAGAGGAUCGUCUUAUUCCCUUCAGUCUACUGGAACACCAUCCGGGCCUUCAUGAUCCUUUCUGCCCUCACUUGUUUUGCUGGCGUCAUUACGGGGAUUCUCUCUUUCGCCCAGCUCUCCACUUCUCAGCGCUUCAAUAGGUCCUUUGUGGCUGGCGUCCUGUUCUUUGUGUCUGCACUGUUCAUAGCUUUAGCAAUGGGCCUUUACACCGGAGUCACCGUCAAAUUCCUGGGCAAACGGUUUGGAGAUUGGCGCUUCUCCUGGUCCUACAUCUUGGGAUGGGUUGCCCUCUUGUUGACUUUCUUUGCAGGUAUCUUUUACAUGUGUGCCUACAAGAUUCACAAAUGCCAGCGCUUAGCUGGCAUCUGCUAA